AUGUAUGCCACUGCGCUCAACGAGCUUCAGGAGCUGGAAUCAGAACCCCUCUGUCAUCGUACUGCGGCCCUUCUUCUGGUGAACAACUGUCAACUGCUCGAUGGCCGGGAUGAGGCAACGAUCAUGACCGACACUGGACGAGCUGCUCGUGAUUUUAUCGAUUCAUAUGCUGCAAGCUUGGCUAUAUGCGACCUGGAAAGGGGUAACUUCAUUAUUCCAUCCUCCUGUUCCAAGUUCCAAGAGUCGGUCUUGGCUAGAAUGCCUCCACCAAACAAGCCUCAUCUCCACGUAACGACACUCGAGAUUGAUGCCUGUCUCGAGGGCCUGGCACAGUCGGACUCAGCCUGGAAUACUUGGGUGAGCUACCGCCACAAGGCUUUGCGAUUCUGCGAGGCAGCUCGCGCGGACAACGAAAAGGACCAAAACAUCCGAGUCCACCAAAGGCUGACGAGCAUUCUCGCCAAGCUGACCACUCAGCUCGAAGAAGAGAUGGAGGAGCGGCUUCGAUCGAUGAACCACAUGUUUCAAGAAGCCGGGGCUACUAUGGAGAGUCUAAAGCCUCGGAUGAAGGACCUGCAAGAUGGCAUCAUUCAGCUGGAUGCACUUUUCAAGGAUCAAAUCGUCCACAACGUGCAGCAAUCGGCGGACUUUGUCACUCACGGACUUGACGACGCAAGGCAACUACAAACGCUACUGGCCAUGCUGGUUGGGGUGGCGCAGAAGCAGAAUCGCGAAUUGGCAACUUCUCACGAGGCCUCUUUACAAGAGGUUACUCUACGAAUCACUAGCGAGGUUGAUGUCAUACUGGCAGCGCUGGCUGCAGCAGUUGCCUCGUCUACUUCUUUGCGCCGAGAGAUUGAGAUCUCGCAGUCCGCCGCUGCAGCUGUUGCAUUGAGACAGGAGAAGAUUGAGACGGGCAUGCAAAAGCUCGAAGGCCUAGCCGACUCUUUGCUGGUCAAGCACAAAGCCCAUAAGGAACGGCUUAACAAUGCUCAGCAAACAGCUUCGGAGUUGAUGGACAUUCUCGAUGCAGCCUCAACCACGGCCGUUACUCUCCGCAGCUCCAUUUACAACAGCUUUGGUUGGGGGUCUUGGUGGCCUUAUGUCUUUUGCCCACUCACGUCUUUGGUCGUCGGCUCGUACGGACUGCCACCUUCCGCGAUGAGAAAUGUUGUACUCAUCGGUCUCGGUGAGUGA